AAAUACUUUUUAAUUUUAUCAAGAGGCUUUUGGGGAAGAUCAAUAUGUUUUACAGCUGUCUUUCUAAAAGUUCAAUACAUUGAGGAAACAUUUAUUAAAUGCUUGCAAAUGUUUCAAGUGUAGUGCUAGGGAAGAUUAAAAGUUUAGAAAAGAUGAAGUUCUCACAGAAUUUACAAGAAGACACAGACUCAGAUAAUCAGCAUACACAAUAAUAUGAGAUAAAUGCCAAGGCAAAGUUCAAUGUGAGGUAUGAGGGGGAAGAUUGUAAUGGAAAGGGAAGUUUCUGAGAAAGAUUCUUUGAGAAGGUGGCAUUUAUAUGAGUUUUCAAUUCCUAGAUUGAAAGAGGGGGGCAUAAGGGGAUGGGAGAACUUUUAAGCAAAGGUUAUCUGAGCAAAGCCUAGAGAUUGUUCUAUUGGUGAAUGAACCAAUACAGUUAGCAUUUUAUAGAAUUUUUUAAAAAUGUGCACAGGAAGGUUCUGGCAUUCCAAAGGUCAAAGGACUACAAGUGCAACUAGAUUUUCCUUACUAUUAACUUAAUGAAAUAUCCCAGGAUUCAUUAGAUUACUAAACCUGGUGAGCUAUUAAUGAUAUAUUGAUGUUACAUCUGAGAACUUUGUGCAACCAUCAAUUUUAAAUCUAUUUUAGUGCUAUACAUAAAAACAUUCUGAUUAUGAAGCAUCAUAAAAAUGAGUUUAUGGCACACAGUCAAGAAUUUAAAUCAAUGGGUAUUUCUAGAACCCCUAAUUCGGCAGAUUUUUGGUUAAGAACGAAGAGAAAUGGAUAUAAAGUUUAGUCUGAUAGGCAGCUUGAAUAUUUUCUCUUUAAAUGAAACAAAUCACCUACAACUGAAAGUAUUCGAAAACUACUUAAGGUUUUAUUUUCAAGCUAAUGAGUAACUGGUAUAAGAUGAUGAAUGAGUGCAAUGAAGAAUUCUUACUUUUUGAAGCACGUGUCUAGCCUUCAAAAUAAUUUCUAAAAAGGAAGGGAAAUCUGCUCUUUUCCCCACCCCCACCCCCUCCUAAUUGUGGCUUAAGUCACAUAACUGAAAGGAUUUUAUUCAUUUUUUCCAAAACACUUCAUAUCUGGGUGGAAGCCAAACAUGGAAAGUUUCAGGAAAAACACACACACACACACACACACACAAGUCCAUUUGGGGAAAGGUAUCUUCAUCCUCUUAAUAGGACUGUUCUGCCACUGAAUCGCAUUUCUGCAUACAUUUAUCUAUCCCUGGGGGUCCCGAGAAAAGCCUGGAAUCAUCCACAACUCAAUCCACCAUCAUCCCCAGCUGCCCAUGCUCUAUAGCCAAGAACUCAAGGCCCAUUUUAAGACCUCAAAGCCAAGAACCUUCCCGCCACCCACACAACCUUUCACAGUCUAGACAGCAAUCAGAGAAUGCCGGGGUCCCCCAGUUCUCGAGACUAGAAAGACAAAUGCACCUCUAGGAGCCUGAGGGCACUAGACAAGAGUGGGAUGCCCGAAAACUGGAUCCUCCCCCUCCUCCUACGUCAGUUUAAUUCCUCACCCUGCCCCUCCUCCGUUUCCCCGCCUCGCGCACCCGGCAUAGAGAAAUUUGACUGUUGAACUCGCCAAUCAGAAGAGAAACCUGUCUUUCGAGCCAAUAAUAAUUGGCGUGGCGGGCGGGCAGUCUCCAGCUUCCCGCCUCUGGGUGGGCGAGAGCAGAAUGUGUCUGGCCCUCCCCUCUGCUCUGGGUCUCAGUACAGCUCUCUCGGCGGCCAGAGAAGCAGUUCCAGAGGUGGUACCAGCAGCAGUAUCGGCAGCGGCGGCGGCGGCGGCGGCAGCCGUCAUCCUGACUAGGAUCUCAUCCACGCCGCCUCCUUACGCCCCUUCGCCGCCCUAGCCCCGGAGCUCAUAAUCCCUCCGUUCCCACCGCAGCCCGGGAGCUUUCCAGAGGAACCGCUGACCCAGCGCACCUUGCCUUCUCGAAUCGGCGCCGGGAGAAGGAAGCCCCGGGUGGGGGUGGGAAGCGCGGUGCUAAGAGUGGCCGGCAUGAUGCGGCUCCGAGGCUCCGCGAUGCUGCGGGAGCUGCUGCUGCUGCAUCCGCCAGCCGCCGGGGCGGCUCUGAGACGGGGACAGCCCCUCACUACCUUGUGCCGGCGCUCCCGGGCCGGGGGCCGAGCUGCCGUUACGGCCGGAGAGCUGUUCCCAUGGCGGGGUGGAGGUGCCCGCCGUCUUGCACCCCCCCUAGCCCGGGGGCUGUCGAACUCGCCUUCGGAGAUCCUUCAGAACCUGGGCAAGGGAAGCGCCAAGCCAGAGGCAUCGCAACAGUCGCAGUCAUCGACCCCUCCUAAGGACGGCCCCGGCGAGGCCAACGCCUAUGGCAACGGCGAAGGGAAGGAGCUGGCUGGGGGAGAAAAUAGGAUAAAACAGGGUCUUCUACCUAGUUUGGAGGAUUUGCUGUUCUAUACCAUUGCAGAAGGACAAGAAAAAAUACCAGUCCAUAAAUUCAUUACUGCACUGAAAUCUACAGGAUUGCGGACUUCUGAUCCCAGGUUGAAAGAGUGUAUGGAUAUGUUGAAAUUAACUCUUCAGACAACAUCAGAUGGUGUCAUGCUAGACAAAGAUCUUUUUAAAAAAUGUGUUCAAAGCAACAUUGUGCUACUUACACAAGCCUUUAGGAGAAAGUUUGUCAUUCCAGACUUUAUGUCAUUUACCUCACACAUUGAUGAAUUGUUUGAAAGUGCUAAAAAGCAGUCCGGAGGAAAGGUUGCUGAUUACAUCCCUCAACUGGCCAAAUUUAGCCCAGAUUUGUGGGGAGUGUCGGUAUGUACUGUGGAUGGACAGAGGCAUUCUAUUGGAGAUACCAAAGUACCCUUUUGUCUUCAGUCCUGUGUAAAGCCCUUGAAAUAUGCCAUUGCUGUAAAUGACCUUGGAACAGAAUAUGUGCAUCGAUAUGUUGGAAAAGAGCCCAGUGGUUUAAGAUUCAACAAACUCUUCCUGAAUGAAGAUGAUAAGCCUCAUAACCCUAUGGUGAAUGCUGGAGCAAUUGUUGUUACUUCUUUAAUAAAGCAAGGAGUAAAUAAUGCAGAAAAAUUUGACUAUGUGAUGCAGUUUUUGAAUAAGAUGGCUGGUAAUGAAUAUGUUGGAUUCAGUAAUGCCACAUUUCAGUCCGAACGAGAAAGUGGAGAUCGGAAUUUUGCAAUAGGUUAUUACUUAAAGGAAAAAAAGUGUUUUCCUGAAGGCACAGACAUGGUUGGUAUAUUAGACUUCUACUUCCAGCUGUGUUCCAUUGAAGUGACUUGUGAAUCAGCCAGUGUGAUGGCUGCCACAUUAGCUAAUGGUGGUUUCUGCCCAAUUACUGGUGAAAGAAUACUAAGCCCUGAAGCAGUUCGAAAUACACUAAGUUUGAUGCAUUCUUGUGGCAUGUAUGACUUCUCAGGUCAAUUUGCUUUCCAUGUUGGUCUUCCUGCAAAAUCUGGAGUUGCUGGAGGCAUUCUUUUAGUUGUUCCUAAUGUUAUGGGAAUGAUGUGUUGGUCUCCUCCAUUGGAUAAAAUGGGCAACAGUGUUAAGGGAAUUCACUUCUGUCAUGAUCUUGUUUCUUUGUGUAAUUUCCAUAACUAUGAUAAUUUGAGGCACUUUGCAAAAAAACUCGAUCCUCGAAGAGAAGGUGGUGAUCAAAGGGUGAAGUCAGUGAUAAAUCUCUUGUUUGCUGCAUAUACUGGAGAUGUGUCAGCCCUUCGAAGAUUUGCUUUGUCGGGGAUGGAUAUGGAGCAGCGGGACUACGAUUCUCGAACUGCAUUGCAUGUUGCAGCUGCAGAAGGUCACGUGGAAGUGGUUAAAUUUUUGUUGGAAGCCUGCAAAGUGAAUCCUUUCCCCAAGGACAGGUGGAAUAACACCCCCAUGGACGAAGCCCUGCACUUUGGACACCACGACGUGUUUAAAAUCCUUCAGGAAUACCAAGUCCAGUACACACCUCCAGAAGAUUCCAGCGACGGCAAAGAAAACCAAACAGUCCAUAAGAAUCUAGAUGGAUUGUUAUAAUGGGGUCUCAGGCUCGAUCCUAAGAAUCCAAUCACUUUAGCUAUUUAAUUGUGGGAAACGAUUAUGAAGAGCGUGUGUACUUCCCUGGUAGUGAUGUAUAUUUUACAGAGUCUGUCUGUUAUCUCAGUGUUACUGGAGUUUUUUCUUCAUUGUAUGCAGAGGACAAAUCUGAGCUCUCUGGAAAAAAAAGAAAAAAAAUAGAAACAAAGCAGGAUCUCCCUUCAUAAUGUGAGCGAUAUUACCUCGUGCUGUGGAUAAUUUGAUGUAAAAAAAACAAAAAAUCACCAUUGCUUGCUUUACUGUGGUCUUCACAAUUUCUUUCUGUGUCGUGUGCAUUUGUGAUGAUUGUUCUUUCUGCUGAGUAUGCAUUUUUAAACUAAGAUUUUGUUUGUACAGUUGGCCCGGAUGAUCAAGACUGCCUCAAAGAGCAAAUGAAAGUGUUUUGGUUUUUUUUCCCAAGAUAUUAGAUUUGAAAUGCAGGAAUAGUUUGGGUGUUUUUCAAACACUCUAUGCACUUAAGGUUGUAUGUUCCCACUGUUUCCCAUGCACCCUCACCUUCCUGUGAUCUUAAGAGAAUUAUCACUGAGGACUGUCAAUAAAUAGUGAAGGCUAAUUUUGAUUCGACUUUAUCAGGGAUUUUAAAGUUUGUUUGGUGACCAAAAGAUCUAAGUAUGAAUGUAACUUUGGACCCUUCCAGAGGAUUCUUUUUUCAGAUCUUCCCAAGUCCAGCCUUUCUUUCUUCCUUUCUUCCUUUCUUUCUUCCUUUCUUUCUUUCUUUCUUUCUUUCUUUCUUUCUUUCUUUCUUUUUCUUUCUUUCUUUCUUUCUUUCUUUCUUUCUUUCUUUCUUUCUUUCUUUCUUUCUUUCUUUCUUUCUUUCUUUCUUUCUUUCUUUCUUUCUUUCUUUCUUUCUUUCUUUCUUCCUUUCUUCCUUUCUUCCUUUCUUCCUUUCUUUCUCCACAUUUAACUGUCUGCUUCUUCUCUUGAACUUGGCAGUGGUACUUCUAUACUAUGCAGUUUUGAUCUUUGCUACAUUAGUCAGGAAGGUUCUCAACCUUGGCCUUUUGCACAGUAGCUUCAACUAUGCCCGUUCUCUGUGAAAAACAAACCAGAGACAGAAGGAACCACUAAGCCAGGUCAACACCAGUGGAACUUAAUGGACUUGACAACAAAACAGACUGACUCUUGCUGCUCGAAGGGCAUAUUUUUCUGCUUUUUUGCCUCACUUAAGUUCAGAAAGCUACCAAAGUCAUUUUGACUGUGUGUGAUUUGCCAUAAAGUGGAAUAUUUAUUAUUUUAAACCUAUCACCAAAAAUCUGAAUCAAGAUAAUUAUUCAUUUUGGGGGACCACUAGCAAAACACUCCAGCUUUCUUCUGAUUUGCCAUUGUGUGAGAUAUCUGGUGGUACAAGCAUUUCCUAAUGAAAGAAGAAAAAAACAAAACAAAAAAAAACCACCCUCAUUUCAUUUUAAGGCUGGCACACCCAUCUACCUUCAUCUUUGGAAGGUAGAUAAAAAAAGGGCACCUUGGAUGAGAGGAUAGACUUUUGUUAGGAAAUAUCUGUGUACAUUCACCCUAGAAUAUGAAUGAAUGAAUGAAUACUUAGGGUUAGAUCAGGGAGAAAUGAAAUGAAGAUUUGUGCUUUGAUAUUAAGUACAAAGAAUAGGACGCUUCAGGGACGUGCCCUUUGAAGUUGAGUUUUGAUCUGAGUAAAAUCCUCAGCUACACGAACAGCAAUCAUUAAAAAUAUUAGAAAGCAUUUCUCAUAGUUUUAUUUUCCCUUUUCUCUGCCCAUUACAGCUUUCAAACUUUCCUAAUGCAUGUGGCUGCACUCACCCCCUUCAGACAUCCUUCAGGUGCUCCCAUUUUGGACUUUCAAUCUUAAGCAGCCUAGUUCAGCUGUCACUCUCCCAGUCAGUUGAGUGACCAGUGGACCUCACUGCUGCUGGGCUGUUGAAGUCACAAAGCCCUCUUUCUUCUUGACACACUAGUCCUGAUGCUUUCUUUACCCUUGGGUCGGUCAGGUAUCACUUGUGCAGUACCAUGUAGAAGCUAGCCCCUUUGUUAGGUAGGAGGAAAUCUCGUCUGCUAAUUUUAUGAAAUUUGUGCAUAUUAGAAUGUCUUUUGGGAGUCGGGAGAAAUUCACCAGUUUACAUAGUAAAAUAACUAUAAAACUUGCUUUUCUCCAACAGCAGCGUGAUUUAGAUCAUUGAAGCUUUCACGUAAGGGCAGCUGAGCUACUUUUUGAUCAAUGCUCAAAUUCUGUAACUCCAGUGGAAAAUCACAGCAAUGUAACUGUAGGAAGCCAAGAUGACCCCUGAAGCUCAGGCUUUCCUCUGGGAAACAAUGCUUCGAAGUGGUGUUUGAGAACAAGAGUUAGAUAGUAUUUUCUUCAAUGUUCUGAAGGUUUUGUAAAGCAUUCAUGUUCAUGUUGAGCACUGCACUGAUUUCUUCAUGCCGUUAUUUUUCUGUAUCUGCACGUUAUUGAUUUGGCUGUAAUUCACUGGCUGGCACUGACACAUAGAUUUGGUUUCAGUGAUUUUUUUCCCUGUUAAAUUGCUGCCAUCUCUACACUCCAAAGACCUUUUUGUUUGUUUAGUAUCCUAUGUAUUUUCUGUACCAUAACGGUUAGAUAUGGUCAUGCUAAUUCUUUGUACCCAAAAUGUACUAUCUUAGUGUUCCUUAUAUCAUCCUCGUGUGAGAAGUCUGUUCUCCUCCCUUAGAACCCUUUAGUUUCAGAGCUGGACUGUAAGUGACUAUUUGAUACGACCAUCAGUGACUGGGACUGAGCGGCUCCAUGUUUGAUUUAGAUUCUUUGCAGGGAAUGUGCUGCGAUGAAUGUACCCGCUUCUAGCAGUUUUCCCAUAACGGAAUCUAACCUUAAAAUGACUUAAGUUGUAAGUGUUCAGAAAUCGGGAUAUAUUUAUUUUACAUGAAAUCAAAUAGUGUUGCUUUUUCAGUAUAAUAAACAGGUAUACCAAAAAAAA